AUCACAUUCUUACACAGAGUGAACUGCAACACAAGCACAACAAACGACUAUCAGGAAUUCUGGAGUGCAUAAUAUACAAGCCACCGAGAAAUUUCUAUACAUCCACCGGAAUAUGCGAACGAAAUAGUGUGGCAAAUAACGUUCAGAGUUGGAAAUAUUAAUGGAAACAUCUUGAAUGCAGCUUGAAUUAUACAGCCGCAAUCCAAGACAGACCGUUAAGAAGCAUAAAACCGCGCUCCGAUUUAAAAGGGAGAAAGCAAUAAAAUUGAGUUAAUAAGUGUUUAGUGAAUUAUCUGAAUACACGGACAAUGGACGACGUUGUAUUUUGCUUGUUUGUUUAGUUUGAAUGGCUAAAUUAUUUCGCUGUCUGUAUCAGUGCACAGAUGCAUUAACUUAAACAUUCUUAUACAUUUUAUUCAUUUCAGUACACAAUGAAUCUAAAGAUUAUGCGUGUCUAUCUCUCUCUCUCUAUGUUUGGGACUUUUUCCCAUCACAUGUGCCGGUUUCUGCUAGCCUCUCUGAUUCAUGGAUAAGUCCCUCAUGGGUACUAUUUUCCUAUCAAACAGUAUUGCCAUUGGUCAGUCGAUGAUCAGAUGGUUAUAUUUCCUGCUGUCCUUUCUGGCACUUGGCCAUCCCGAAUCAAACCCAUCUCGCUAACUGCUAAUAGCACAGGCACUUGGACUAAUACACAACAAAUCAUAACAGAGCACAGCCAACAAAUGAGUUCGUAUUUUGUGAACUCCACUUUCCCGGCCACUUUUGCUAGUGGACAAGAGUCCUUCCUUGGGCAGAUUCCGCUAUAUUCAUCCAGUUACGACCCUUUAAGACAUUAUUCCGCCACAUAUGGGGCUACAAGCAUGCAGGAUAAAAGCUACCCGUCACCCUCCUACUACCAACAAGCCAACGGAGCGUAUGCGUGCAAUCGGACACCCUGUGAUUACGGUGCCCCCAGUUUUUAUCGGGAAAAAGACCCUUCAUGCGGCGCUUCCUCCACCAGCUCCAAAUAUCACUCAAUGGAAGAUGCAACACAUUUUAACGCGGAACAACGCAAAUUUGAGUGUACACAAAACAGAAUUUUGUAUGGAGAGGUGGAUGAUCAGAAGAGUUCGCUCCCAGUGUACCCUUGGAUGCAAAGAAUGAACUCCAGUGGUGCCUCAGCUUUUAACCCAAACGGACGGCGCGGGCGGCAAACCUACACUAGAUAUCAAACUCUAGAGCUGGAAAAGGAGUUCCACUUUAACCGCUACUUGACCAGAAGACGCCGGAUAGAGAUUGCACACGCACUUUGCCUCACAGAACGCCAGAUCAAAAUCUGGUUUCAGAACAGGCGAAUGAAAUGGAAAAAAGAGAACAAAUUGCUGGGCUCCUCGCAAUUAAGCGGAGAAGAAACAGAAGAAAAAUCGACAGAGUGAAAAUAACAAGAUACAGAAAAGGAAGGGAACGCUGUGCAGUUCUUUAAUUAAAAAUAAAAAAAAAUCAAAGUUUACAAUUUGUUUGCUGUUGCGCACCAGUGGAGUUGUAUAUUUCUGUAUUUGUUGUGAGAUUUAUUAUAAAGUUAUGCAUUCCUAUGGUUUAGCAAAGCAGGCAAUGUUUCACAUUGGUGUCAAUAGUUUAAAACAUUAGCAUUCCAUUAAUUCUGUAUCUCAAUUGAGCUGUUGCAAUAUUGUGACUUUUUGACGUUCGUCUCAGCUCUCUAGUUUAAAGAUGGUGUAUGUUUUUGUGCACUGUGAACAACUAUUUUUGAUUUAUUUUAUGUAUGCGUGCGUGUGUGGAAAUGAGUGUGCGUGCGUGAGUAAAUUACACAAUGAGGUUUAAAUAUUGUAUUUUGGUUUGUUUUCGUAACGGAGAGAGGAAAAUAAAAGCAAGUGUCUUAAGAA